AUGGACCAACUUCCACCAUUCGGAAAAGCCAUUGGGCUUGUAAUCCCCCCAACAAACGGCGUCUACGCACCACUGCUCGCCAAAAAUGCCUCGGCUAUUCUCUCGGCGAACAAAACAACUUUUGCCUACGGUGCUGACCCACGUCAACAACUCGAUCUCUACACGCCGUCGCAAUCAGAGGACGUAACUGACAAGAGUUCUCCUCGUCCACUUCUGGUGUUCGUCUAUGGCGGUGGUUUCGCCAACGGGGACAAGAGUAGCGAAGCCAAGCCUCUCGUCUAUCAGAAUCUCGGCUAUUUUUUCUCCGAGAAGACCGGCCUUGAAACCAUCAUCAUCGACUACAGACUGAUCAAGCAUGGCGCCAAGUUCCCCAGCGGUGGCGAGGACGUGGAUGCUGCGCUCCAGUGGAUUGCCCAGAAAUAUGGUGGUCAGAAACGCGACGUCUAUCUUUUCGGCAACUCAGCUGGGGGCAUCAACGUGGCGACAUGGCUAUUCGAACCUUUAUUCCAAAAGAGCCGCCAAUCUCUGUUCGCGGGUGUGGACGGCGUGAAGGUAUCUGGCGCCAUUCUCCUUGGUGCUCUCUUCGAUUUCCGCCAGUCCUCUCCGCCGUUGAGGCAAGCGCUGACUGGGUAUUUUGGAGAAGAACUGGAUCAAUCAUCGACGGUAGCAUUAUUAGACAGGAUUGAACCCACAGGAGAACUCAGCUCCGGUCCAUGGCCCCGGUUCUUGAUCGUGGACUCGGAGCUGGAUCCUGACGAUAUUAUCAAAGCUGACCAAGAUGUACUGCGCCGGUUGAAGGACGUCCCCAACUUGGAUGUCGGCUACGUCCAGAUCAAAGGGCAUAAUCAUAUCAGCCCGCCGUUGGCGCUUGGGACCAGCAUUGCUGCCGAAGAGGAGUGGGGAUACAACCUCGCCUCUUGGGUUAAAGGGUCGGCAUAA